AUAAAGCACAGUGGCACGCGAUAUCGCGUUAGCAUUCCAAAUUGACGGCAAACAGUCCCAAAAAUACUGGCGGGAAACCUCAUUUCUUAGUGUGGGAAAAAACCGAAAAUAUACGCUUGAUGCCAAAAUUGUAAGGUCUAGUGGGUUCUUCAUGGUGUAGUGAUGCUUGAAAAAUCUGUCCCCGAAGAAAACUUAUUGGUAUUGAAACGGUUUCGACGUGUUUACCGGCAUAUUCGCCGAGUCCAUUCAAGGAGUUUGACGUAGGAGGUGAGCGGUGUUUGUGUUGAUCGAAAUGAAUUUCGUCGGUGUUCGUUUCCUUAUAUAUGAACGUGUAACUUUAAAAGAGUAUACUGCGUAUUCUUGAAGGUCGAUCGACCGUUUAAGGAGUGAGACGACGGCUAAAUUCGUCCCAAGUUGGCCAAGUUGGUCGUUGUUGGCAUUCCACAGAGGAAGUCUUGACGAUGCGGUUCGCGGCACGUCGAAGGAAGCCCAGCGUUCUUAGCGCUUUGAUCAGAAGAGAGACGAAUAUCCAGUAUCCAAGUGAUCGGGAUUUACUACUUUCUUACGCCGAGGAGUCCUCUGUUUUAUCCUGCCAUCGAACGAAGGUAUGUUUCUUUAUGAGAUUUUUCACCGGUAUGGUGUUACUAUUAAUUUUGUUUUCACGUCGUUUUCAAUUUGAUUGAAGAUUGUGUGACUUCUUAGGACUAAAAUUAAACAUAAAUUCGAAAUAAAUCGUAGUAUUAUUUUAUUUUCAAAUGUCACUUUUUUCCUAACUUUUGGACCUCCGUUAGAUUUUGCUCUUGUGUCAUUUCCUGUUCCAUUUUGAUAGUUUCUUCGUUGUGGUGACGACAGGGCAAAACCCUAAAAACUGCGCAAACAGUACUGGCUCUAUACUUUUGACACUUUUAUUUCUUUUCAUAUCCAUUCUAUUAAUAGCAUCCGGUUUCCCAGUGAUAAUGUCCCCCCUUUUUUGAAUAUGUCUAGUUUUUAUUUUAAUUAAUGAUCUCGAGUCUGAGAGAUUGAUUAUAUUAUUAUUUCGCCAAACAAAACCCCGCUUGUUAAUGUCAAGUUGACGCACGUACUGAGCUAUCCCCAAGUUCAAAGGUUCAAUGUCGCACCAUUGUUUACGUUAACGUGGAUCUUUUAUUUUUAAUUUGCCUCCCACACGCUGCUAUUCGGCAUUUGUCACGAUGUGAAGGAGUAAGAUCGGAGCCAAAAUCGAGUAGAAAAACUUAUUUGGAACACAGUGUAAGGGCUUUGUUCAGUAGCUGUUUUUUAAGUGGCGAUAGAUUAUUGUACGUGAAGGCUAUUAUUGUGACCUUGAAAGCCCUUAAGAAAACAGUAUUGUCGGAUCGCCUGGACCUUUCAAGAGCUGCGACUUAUAUGCGCCAAAUACAGACCCAUCACAGUUAACAAAUUCAUCAGUUCUCAAGUAUUUUGAGGCACAAUGAUGCGCAAAUACAUCUCUUUAAUUACCUGACCUUGACUCACUGAAUGUAAAUCAGACCACAUCCUGUUGAUACUUUGUUUUUGCUGGUGAUCAAGAAAUGAAUUAAGAGCGGCCGCCUCUUUAUUCGCCUCAAUAACGUGCAUUGCAAGAUAUUUUUUUUCUGUUUUAACAACUUCUAAAGAAUUGUUAUUGAGAAGAAGGGUAAAAUUCUCAUGUGUUAUUUAUACACUGUAUAUAUUCAAACAUGCUAAACGGAGUUUGAAAUGAUUAUUUUGAAUAUUUUGUAACAUUUUUCUGGGUAGAAAAUUCACGCUGAACAACUUGCAACUUAAACUAAUAUAUAGAAGUUUUUUAAAACUGAAUUGACAUUGAAUUGUUGAGUUGAGAUCCCCAAAAGAUAAUUCAUUUACAAGUUUUGAGACAGAAUGCUUUAGGCACUAUUAAUUCUCUGGUAUUGUUGAUGACUUCUAAUAGACUGUGUCCUUGACAUUGACACAGGCCUAGGCCUAGACCUUGACCUUUGCAUAAGGACAUGUACCUUAUCUUUUUUGCUAGUUACAUUAUGUUGAUAUGUACCCAUACAGCUGUACAUCAACAUUUUCCUUGUUUCAUGUAAAUUGAGUUGACUUGUUGAUGUUGUUUUAAGAAAAAAGUCAGGGGUAAUUAUUUUUGGCAGUGUGACUAAUAAGAUAUAGUACAGGAUCAAAACCAUGAAAAAUCCACUUGAGCUUAGCUGGAUUAUUUGAACUUAAGUGUUGGUAAUUAAUGAGACAGGGGAAAAAAUUUCUUAAACCACAUUAAGUUGUUCACUGCAUUUUCAGGCAUUCCAGCCCCAUGCCUCAUUGAAUUUUUAGAAAUUUGUUAGAUGUGACGAACAUUUCAGUCUGGUUUGAGAUGUUGGUGAACAUGUUUGAUUUUUUGUCCUGUUCGAAGGCUGAAACAGGAAGAAAAGAAUCAUAUGAUCACAACCUUUCUUUAUAUUAUAAAUAGCCCAAGCUAAAACAUGACCUUGGUCAUGUGUGCCAAUAUUGUUUUCAUUUUGAAAAGAUGGCACAGUCUAAGAAACCGGGUUUCCUUGUAAUUAGUAGUGCCUAAUCAUAAUUGUAAGAUGCUGUCAUUCUGAAAGAUUGAAAAUUUAUAGGCAACAAAAGCUGAGUACACCCACUUUAGAUAGCUGUGUAGUCUUUGGUGUCAUAAUUUUUAUUGAACAACACUUUCCUGCAAACUCUCCCUUGCAAAUUUAAAUAUCAGACUUGGACUGAAAUUCGCCAUUUACAGUUGAACCUCUAUAUACCGUAAGCAGCCACCCAGUUGAGGUACCAGCAAAUCGUCACUUAAUGUAGGUUUGCCUUUCAACAGAGGUUCGUCAUGAAAUACCACAAUCUUUAGCAGAAACGUCACUUUGUUUUGAAACAAACACGCAAUGGGAGCAGCGUCACUGGUCCACAAUCAGCUUUCACCUUCUCAGACUGUACAGUAUUUCUGGAUUAAUUCAGGUUUCUGGGAAACUGCCCACCUACCCCUCCCCUAAGCCAUCAUUUUGCCUUGAGCGACAAGUAAGUGUUAAUGUUAGCUUAGGGGAGCGGUAGGUGGGCAUUUCCAGAAACCUAACCUUCAUCAUACACUGUAUUUUUAAUAUCAAGCCAAAAUGAGAGUAUCAAAGGCUUGAUGUCUGCUUACUUGAAGUGACUGAGAAUAGGUAAUGGGAUGGUCACUUUGAUAGAGGUGGCGGCAAAAUAGAGGUUAAAUUCUUCUUUUCUAUGCUAUUGUGUCAAGUUGACGUACGUAAGUUCAAAGGUUCAAUCAUUAUUUACGUUUAACAUGGAUCUUUUAUGUUAAUUUGCCUCCCACAUGCUGCUAUUCAGCAUUUGUCACGGUAUGAAGGGAUAAGAUCGGAGCCAAAAUUGACCAGAACACAGUUUUAAAAAAGAACAAUUUUGGAACAAAGAACUUUUUAAAAAACAGCAAUGAUCACUGAAAAAGCAGCUGUUGAGCUGUUAUGCCCCAGCUGAUUGAAUGAAAUAGUUUUUCCAAACUUAGCAUAAGUGGCAACUUUUUAUCUUUGCAGAUUUUAGGAAAACUAUUUGUGUAAUGACAAAGUCAAAUAAAAAAAUAAUAAUGUUAAAAAGUAAAGGUUGCACUUUUUCUGAUUUUGUUGUGGAUAACUUGGUUAUGAUUAAUUUGAAGUGAUUUAAAAGGCCAAAAUAACAGAAGUAGCACCUUUUUGCACUUUCACAUUAAUUUUUGGAGAACCUGAGUUAUAUAUAAAAUGAUGAUGAUGAUGAUAAUGUAAGAAUAACUUAAAAAUAACUAUUAUCUUUUUUAUCCUCUAGUACUAAUGCUACUUAUUAUGGACAAAUUUUACCUAUAAGUAAUUUCUAUGCAAUUUUUACUGUGGUGUUUUUUUACUUCUACAUAUAGGAAUUCAUUUUAUUCUUCCUCUUUAAUUUAAACUCAGUGAUCAUAGUCAGGUUCUAAUAACAAGAGCUAUAAUUUGCACAAGAAAACAAAAACCUCUAGGACUGUGGUACAGAAAGUUAUGCUUUCAUGUGUUUUAUUAAUGUCAUACAUAUGUCUUGUUGCACAUGAUCACUCCCGUACUGUGUAUAGUACAUUUGUACAUUAUAUCAAAUUUGUCAAGGUAUACAGAUAAUAUUGUUUUGUUUUGAUUUUUUUCUAGUGAGAAAAUGUUCAAUGUGCAAUACUACGAAUACUGAGCCCCAUUAGGCACUAAUUCCGUUGAAUUAUCUUGUUUACCACUUCCUGUUUGGCACUAUUAAUUAUUUUGUUAUUACCUGUUUUACGGUUCAAGUAAAAUCACUCUAAAAGUCUACAUGUAAUAUAUAUUUAACAGAACAUUUCAAAAACAAUGAAGUUAUCAUUAUGUGAUGUCAGGAAGGAAACACUUUCUCUAGUUGGCAUUCAUGAUUUAAAAUUUUCACAUUUUUUGUCACUCAUUCUUUGGAGGAAAAUAUUUAUGCACAUGUACAGCAUAGUCUUUGUCUUGAAGAGAAAAACUUAAACAAAUCCAAGGGCAAAAAAUAAUAUUAUUAUUAUCAAAAGUGUAUAUAUAGGUGAGUCAAGAAAGAAACAGCCAAACUUUCAUAUGCUGUGCGUUCUAGGCACCUCUUUCUAAUUUUUUUUGCUUAGUAUGCCUGACAAGCCUACUUAGAAUUUAGGGAGUUCUUUGUUAGUUAAACUUUUAAGCAGAUUAAGAUAUAAAAUCCAAGUAAUGGGCAAUUAUUGCCCAUCGGCCCAAAGGCCGAUGGGUCCCAUAGUAGCCCCCAAGCGACAGACAAUCACCAUUUGCUGGAACGUGAGGACCAUGUUGAGAAAGAGUGAAACAAAGCUGUGUGGAAGAGCUGGGAAGUAGCCAAAGUGGUUGCACAAGACAGAAAGUGUUGGUCAGACAGCGUGGAGGCCUUAUGUGCCUACUGGCGCAAUGAGACUUGAUGAUGAAUUUAGUCAUAAAGUAUAAAUUGUCAGGCAAUAAAAUAAGAGAUUAUAGCAAGAAUUCUUGUAAAAAAUUUCUCGAGUAACUUGGAAAUUACAAAACAAUGAGAGGUUAAAAAAUUUUGAAAGACCUUUUUGUUGCACUGUUCUAAACAGCUGAUGUUAACAGUGUUUAGAGGCAAGGUAGUUCUAUUUUUAAAUACCACAAAGGAUUUUUGGAAUUUCAGUGUAUUAUUCUUUUAAUUUAUUCAGCUCCUGCUUUAAAAAGAAACAUGUCAUUGAUCAUUCUCCUUCGUGACCAUCUUAACCUCCACUGAUAGGUGGUCAAGUUAUUUUUAGCAUGUAACAAAGACUUUGAAAGAAAAAAGUUUCUAAUAAUAACACAAAAACUAAUUUAUUUGGCAGUGCCAAAAAUUGUUUGUUACUUCAAAAUGUGAGGCAUACAUGCCUUACUGAGGAACUGCCCAACAGUGUACAGCUGUAUGUUGUGCUAAUGUAAUUUCUUUUUUAGUUCUGUAACGUGUGAGAGUUGUGCUGGCAGUAUGUUGAAGUCUUGGGUCUCAGUGAAAAUUAGUUGCUGAAGGAUAGUUAUUUACUGCACUAACGUUAUUUCUGUUUAGUUUGCAACUUGUAAGAGUUGUCCUCAGGCAGUGUGUUGAAAUAUAAUUGGGUCUCAGAGAAGAUGGUUAAAAAAUGGGAGAAAGAGAAAUGCAUACAGUGCAUAUUGAAAAAGAAUUGCAGUGUAAUCAUCAAGUGUUUGUUCUUUCACAUCUACAAUGUACUUACAUGUACAAGUAUAUAAAGCUGAAAUAAAUUGGCCAAAACAUGAACACUGUAAUCAGAGGAUUCCGCGUUACAUGUAACUCUGAUGACUCUCCCUGCUAAGUUCAUAUAAUGGAGAUGCAAAAAACAGCUCUAACUAAUUGAAUUCAUGGACCUACAUAUAUGUAUAAACCCCAUGGUGUGGCUAUACAACUGAAAUAUUUUCAGUUGCUGCUUUGCUUUGUGCAUUUUUCUUUUUGUCUUUUCUAUUUUUAUAACAGACUGUGGACUUUUGAAGAAGUUCAAAUUUGACAUUCCUAGGAGUGACCAAACUUUAAGCACUUUUUGUGACUUAAAUCUUGUUACUAUUAUUAAAUAAUUGGUUAAAAAAAUGAAUCAAUAAUAUUAUUACAUCCUUGAAUAAAUAAACUGAAUCAAAAUGUCAAAAAUACCCUGGUACACCCUCAAAUUUGCUUUUUCCCAUUAGGCCAUUUUGUCAUGUUUAAUCCUUGUGAGUCUUGAAUCUAUUUAAAUGAAAUGUUAAUUUCACUAUUAAAAAUAUAAUGCUAAUUAUCAGCUGACGUGCAGCCAAUAAGUCAAAAGUUGACUGUCGAGCUGACAUUACAUGUUUUGGCUGAAGAGACAAGGAAUUAUGUAUGUUUUGAAGUUUUGGCUUCUACUCACAUGCAGUGGGACAAUUGUUAGAUGUUUGGUCUUAUAACUGGCUGCAUGUCUUGGAAAGUUAUAAUAAACUUAUUGUAACUCAGACAAUAUUUUUCUUUCCGUUGUUAAAAAUAACCGUUAUUAAUUUUUGUGAGGUGAAAAAAUAAUAUUAAAAUUGGACAUGGACUUAAUAUCAUACAAUAAAAUUUUUUUUUGAUGCUUAUACAUUGAAUUAAAAGUGUUAGAUUUGAGAGUUCCUAGAACUGUAUUUUCUGUCUCUGUUAACAGGAAUGUGAUUUACCAGGAUCGCCAAAGUCAACUUUCCUGAUUAGCUUUAACCCUGACAAGUAAGUACAGUAAAGAGUUAGUUCUUUAUUCAUGCUGCGGGGUUACUCAAUGGUAAACACCAGAAAUAUCGUGGCAAGGUUGUUGUAAAUCCCAGGACAAGGCCAUUUGAAAGUUACAUGUAUAUUUUGUACCAGAAGUGAAAGCCAGACUAGCAAAUGAUUUUUUAACACCAAUUUGGGUAGUUUGGCUUUUCUUUGUCUAAAAACUUUUCUAUGUACACUGGACAGAGUUGAGGGAACAGUUUAGCUGUAGGUGGGGGUGACCAGAAAACCUUUUUUGCAGCACAAGAACUGCUUUCAAAGGGAAAAAAACUUGCAGGUGCAUAUUACGACACAUAGCAGUUGCAUGCCUGUAAAAUUAACAUCACAAUGACAUAAAAGUAACAUCUGUCAGUCAGUCUACAGUAGUUGUAUGGUACAGUGACAUGCCAGAAGGACUCACAUGUACAGUAAAUACACUGUAAUAUUUUGUAGUCGUCCAGAUGACUCUGGCUUUUAAAACCCACAUUGUCUUUUACCUGCUGUACAUGUAUGUUUAAUUACAAACCUCUCUGUGCUUAAUUGAAGGAUGACAAUGGCAUCUUCACAUGGGGACCACACUGUUCGUAUUGUUGACUGUAAAACUGGCAGGUGUCUGAAAACUUUAAGAGGUCAUCCUCGCACACCAUGGUGCGUUGCAUUUCACCCAUCAUCUGAUCAACUGCUUGCAUCUGGCUGCUUAGGAGGACAAGUUAGAGUUUGGAAUUUAAAGGUAUGUUCCAAAAUUAAUAUAUUAUUGAUAAGGGAGGGUCCCUGCUCUGACCGCUAGCUGGAUUUGUUCUUGGUAGUCCCAAGUUUAGCUCCUUGGUCAUGCUUGUAAUAUAAAUAGCCAACUGGUUUGCCUCUGGCCAAUUGGGAUUCUUAACUUUGGGGGCCACUGUGAAAACUACUGGUUUACUGGUAAGUUAUGUUACCCCUAUGAAGUCAGUUUUUUUUGAAAGCACAGUCAGGUAGCAAAAAAAGUGCACUUUUUACCAAAUUGUCCAUUUGAGAUGGGAUUGGCUAAACAUGAGAUUUGUAACACUAAAGUUAUAUUUUCCUGCUACUUGGAUGUAACAAAGCAGCUUUUUUGUGCAUGGGCAUAAGCCAAAAUUUGGACUUUGGAUUUUUUGUGUGUAACGUUGUCUGGAUUGGUCAGAAUUUGCAAAAUGAGGAACCUGUGGAAAGAACUGCAUGAAUCCUUGCUGAAUGUGAUACAUUGUUUUUACCAACUUACACAUAGCUUAUACUGAAAUCUAAAUGGCCCAGGAGGGAAAAUUAAAUUGUAUCAUUCCAUUUGAAAUGGUAAUGACCAAGCAGUUGUCGAAGGGUUAAGCAGUCACCUAUUAAAUUAAUUUAGUGAGUCCCCUUUUGAGGUGCUGUGGCUUUUAAAAUUUUACCGCUGACCUCUUGAUUUGGAAAAGAGUCACUGGGAUUGAUUAAUGAAGAAACAAAAAUGGUAAUCAGUUGUCUAAAUUGUUUGAAAAAGUUUAUUCUGACAGAUCAGAAGAGAUUAAUAUUACUGACCUGAUCAGUUAGAAGAGCAUUUUUUUUUUAUAAUUUAAUGACAAGAAAAAAAAAACAACCACAAAAGGUCAUGGACAGGUGCACAAGUGUAGUACAUGUACCGGUACAUGAACCUGAACAAAACUACUACUUUAGGUCAAGUUUUGUUGUUAUUUAGUUUGAAACACUUAGUUAAACGUAGCUUUUAGCCUUAAGCUACACUGAAGGCCCAUUUGCAGAUUUUUGAAUGAAAAUUAAUUUCAUUUUAUAUGAUUCUUUAUUGUGCAGACAGGUGACAGUGAAGUGUACACACCUCCAGACAAAGCUGUGAUUGCUUCGCUUGCCUUUCAUCCCACAGAUCAUGUGCUUCUUAUUGCCACCAGCAACAAACUUUUCUUUUGGAGCUGGGAUCAGCCAAAGCCAUUUGCUUGUGUUGAAACUGCUUCAGCUGAGGAAAAAGUCCGGUACUGGCCUAAUAAUAUUGUUCAUAAAUGAAAUGAAGAUGGUGACAGUUAAAGAUGCAACUUAUACAAUUACAAAAAGAAAGCCUGAAAAACUCAGGCUGGCUAGGAUUUGAUCCCAGUGCAGCACUCUUACCAACUGAGCUAGUAAGCCAAUCGGGGGCUGGUCAUUAAAUUAGCUCAUAAAUCCAGCAAAAAUGACAAUGAAAUGAUCGCUAUAAUUCUUACCACUGUUGCAUGCAGCUUUUCAUGUGUGUGCUGCUCAUGACAUGAGAACAAUCCAAUCUGUCAUAAGCAACCACUAAAUAUUUGAAGAUCUCGUGAUUGCUAUUAGGAGGUGCUGUUUCUUAUCACAAUAGAAUAAGUAAGGAUCUCUCCAUAUAAUAUACAUGGUGUAGUUCUAUGUUGUCACUAAAAGUUCUUUGCAUAGUCUCAGUAGCCUAUUGCAUGAAAACAAAAGUAGUUUCACCCCGGUUUUUUCUGUAAAAACUGCUUAUUUUCUGUUGUGAGAAAUUCUCAACUUGAAUCUCAUCCUUGGUGUUUGCCGUAAACAUGACUUCUGUUGUGAGGAAUUCUCAACUUGAAUCUCAUCCUUGGUGUUUGCCGUAAACGUGACUCUUAAUCUCUCUAUUGUUUUCAGGCUUGUAGCGUUUUCUUCUCUCGGUGAUCAUAUUCUUACUGCAGUCACAAAUAUUGCAUCUGAAACGGUAAGUUGAUAAAGGUAUAAAUCUCUUUAUCGUAAUUUCUUCUGUGUACAAUGCAGGGUUCGUACGGGUCAUUGAAAACCUGAAAAGUCAUGAAAUUCAAGGAUUUCAUUUUUCAGGACUGGCAAAGAUUAUGAACCCUACAGUACAAAUCAAAAGUAGCAAAAUUACUCUUUUCACGCAAAUGAGAAAACGUUUUUUUCCUUUCGGUUUGUUUUAUGUCGUAGAAAUAUAUGAUAAUGUUUCUAAAACAAAGGAUAAUAAAAUUUAAAUUAGAGAUAAAAUUGAACCUCAACACAUGUACAGUAUAUGAUAAAAUACAUGUCUGUUGUACCAAACCAUAUGCUUGGUAUGCCCUCUGAUUGCCUGGUUAAACUGGUUAUCUUGGAUGUGUGGUUCUAUCUUUUCCUAUUUAGUUCCAAAAACUCAAUGAUUCUAUCUGGCUAAUUUUCAACUGGUUUAGUACACGUAUGUAUCUCCCAAAAAAUUGAGGACUGUGAAAACUGUAGAUACAUAUAUGAAGAAUAUUACAUGGCGGUGCGGAGAUACGAACUUUCUCUUCUAUUGCAAACGAGUGAAAUAUUUUUCAACACAAGAAGAAAAAUUUUGGACCUCCAAGCGACCAUGUAAUGUUCCAUUAAUUUUAUUAUAUAAACACCAAUGGAAUAGCAAACCAUUUUACUUUAAUAAUUUUUUGCCAUGAAAGGCACAAUUUAUUAUGUAGCCGUAGCAAAGGUGAUCUUUUCCCAUGUGAAGACAACAUGUUAUUUUGAUGUGUUCGCACAAAAGCUCACCUGGUAAAUUUGCACUACCUUUCUCCCUUAACGUCAAUGCAUUGCUAUUAACUGGAAACUAUCUUUUUUACCACAGACAAACCCUGGAACGAUACCUCAAAGGUAGGAACUUUAACAUAACUACGGUUAAAACUCCUUAUUCUUUUCACUCGUAACAGUGGAUAAAGAAAAAUCUAAGAAGUAAAGAGUACAGUCGAACCCUGCUUUACGAACAUCUGCUUUAUACGGACACCUCAUUAUUAUGGACAGUUGCUUUGUCCGUAUAGAAAGAAAUCCCUUACACAAGGGGGUCCCCCUGCCCUUACAUUUUCUUUAAAUUCAACGCACUUAAAUAAUACGGACACCCCGUCAACACAGGCACUUUCUAUGCCCCCCUCAGUGUCCAUAUUAAUAUAACAGUGUAUAAAUAGCAGUAAAGCUUACUGGUGUCUAAUAAUUAUCUUGUGAAGUAAAAUAACCGUACCAGUGUCAUGUCAAGUUUUUCCUUAAUCGAGUGACUAAUCGAGUCGGAAUUCUCAUUGAAUCCCAGUCCUUUGCGAUGGAUCCUUGUUCUAGUCCACGCGCGGUUCGGUCUGAUUACCAAAACCUCUCAUCUAGUGUGUAGCGUACUUUAAAGAUCUAACGUUUUGUCUUGCCUUGGUUUGCAGCCAUUCGUCUACGAUGAAUCGCCUUCUCCAGUCAAUUGGAAGCUCGCGCGUUGGCAGUGAUCAAUUCACUGCGUACAUGCUGCGCCCUUCAAAUGGCUCUUCAACAACUUCGUCACAUGAAACUUCUACUGCUAAUUCUUUGUCCUGUCCUCAUGGGAGAGACCUGAAUUCUGAUCCUAUUUCCACAAAUGCUUCGGUUUCUUCAGAAUCAAGCGAGAACUUGAAUCUUAACUCUACCUCUAGUAGCGGAAGAGAGCCUUCGGCUUUUACAAAUACUGAGACGGACUCUGAAGAUAGCAGAAAUGAAGAUUACAGAGGAGUAUUUGCUGUAUUUCGCGCGCGUGACAGCAAUUCAUGGAACUUUCAAGUGACUGGCGAUGAAAAUGCUUCUAGCAGUGAAUCAAUGGAGCCAGACGCAGCGACAAACUCCGUAAUGCUUGAAUCUGAUUCAGCUGGAGCCAGUUCAAGCGUCAGUUUGAGUUUAAGUGCUGGUGAUACAGAUAUGUACUCUGCUACUGAAACUGUCACACUCCCAGAACCAUCUGGUGGCGUGGAAGACUCGCUGCCGUUUAGCUCGCGAUACCUGUCUUCCGAUUCAGACGGAGCUGUGUCAAAUGCUGACGAAACAAACCAGGAAGCUAGUGAUCGCGUAGUUGGUGUAGGACGAGUUAUAAAUGUGGGGCCCAGCUCAUCGCGGACUAGUUAUCUUUCUCACGGUUCCAACCAUAGCUCGAGCUUCGCAACUUUAGCGGGAGUCCAAGGAUCUGGGACAGCCGUUGCUACGGCAACAGCACGGACGUUUAGGCACGUGCAUACUGCGGUGGUGGUCGCCGAUGGAACCAAUGGAGGGCCCCAGUUUGCUCUCCGGACUGCGAUUAAUAGAGCCAUUGCCGGAGCAUUUGCGGGUUGCGGCGAAGGGGCUGUAGCCAGUAAUAUAAUCAAUACAACACAUCGACUGCAGUGGUGGGACUUCUCUCAAGUGAAAUUACCAGACUUGAAAGAUAGUAAGUGGAAUUAGUAAAGCAUUAUUUCCGUUUCAGCGGUAUAAAUUAUGUCGAGGGCUACAAGGUGAUUCCCUUGUUUUGCACAAUACAUCACCUACUGCGCAAACUAUUGCGAAAUCAAAGGUGGGGCAAUUUUCGCCGGCCGCCCAAAUAAAGGCAUCAAAGACUGCUUUUGUACGCGACAAUGAUAACUUUUCCCGAGUAAAAAGUUGUUCUUGGAACUCUUUUCACUUCCCAUCGUCCCCCGCAAAGUGGUCUCUGCGGAAGAGACAGCGCCUGGCUUCAGUGGGUGGACAGGGCAUUGUUAGUUGACCUCAAACUGUUGCGGUUUGUUACUCAGCCAACAAUUCUCAAAAGCUGAUAAAAUGAAUUUAGUGAUGACAAUUAAGGGUGGUAAAGGUCAUAGGCCACUAUCACCAGCCCAUACCCCGGAGAGAGCAACUCCCAUACUAGGCCUUUUUCACGGCGUUUUUCACGGACCGGUUUAUUUUUAAACACAUUUUAGAGCACUUUAAACCGCAAUACGGAAGCUUCGCCCCAUCUGUUUGUGCAUUAGAGGAAUAAGAUAUCAAAAGGGAAAACUAAACGUCAUCAAAAGAUUAAAAAUGCAAGUUUUAGGUUUGUAGGAUUGGCUGACUGGUUUGUGUGACUUACAUUGUAUUGAGUUAUUCUAAUUCGCACCAAAAUCGUUCUAAAAAGAAAAUGGUCGGUGAAAACGCCGUGACAGGAGUACAAGGAAGUUGCUUUCUCCGCGUUAUUGGCUCCCGCCACUACAGUCGAACCCCGCUAUUUCGAAGUCCCAAGGGAAAUGGAAAAAAGUUCGAAAUAGCGGGGUUUCGGAAUAACCGGGGAAGCGUAAAGGGGAAGGGUAAAUCCAAGGGAAGUCGAUCUUCCUUCGAAAUAGCGGGGACUUCGAAUUAACCGAGUUCGAAAUAGUGGGGCUCGAGUGUAUAUAGAGAAAAGUCAGUUGAAAAACGACUUGUGAUUGCGACGUGAUCGCCGAUAACUAGCCGACGUGAAACGCGAAUAGCUGCCUGUUUUUCCUUACAGUCCAUGCUAACUCACAGUUACUUUUAGGUGAAUCUAACGUGAUCGUACCAAGCUGUAAAAUUCAUAACGAUGCCAGUUGCGACAUCUCUAAAGAUGGAAAACUGCUGGCCACUUUCGUGCCCAGUGCCCAAGGGUUUCCAGAUGACGGAGUGGUGGCUGUGUAUUCUCUGGAGAAGGAAUAUUUUGGACAGUGUGUAUUUUCGAAGAAAUUUGGUAAGGACUGAAACAAGAUUAUUUUUUAAGCAUAUCUUUUUGAAUACUAGAUCAUUCAUUUAUUCAGUCAUUCAUUCAGUCUGUCUGUCAGUCAGUCAGUAAUUCAUUCCUUCAUUCUACGCAUUUUUUUUUUAUACUCGUGGGACCUGAAAGGAUAUGUUGAAAAAUUGCAAUUUUUUCGACUGGGAAAAUCGUGAACAGUCAUAGGUAUUCUUUCAGAGGACACAGUGCGCAGCUACUUUAGUAGUUUAAUCCUUUAAGCCCUAAUAGUGAUCAGCAUCAAAUUUCUCCAUGUGAUAUCAAUGUUUUAUAAAACAGAGUGGUCAUGAGAACUACGGACAAGAUGAAUUUUCGUCACACAAGAUGAAUUUGCUUGAUAUUUUAUUAACUUCUCCCCACUACAUCUGUAGGAGAUGAAUAGGGGCAAUAAAUGAGAAUUCAAAUUUUGAUCUUAGAGUUUAAAGAGUUAAGCAAGUAACUUGCAGAUGGGAAUACUCAAAAGAUCAAUUGUGAGCCUAGCCUGUAGCGUUGCAAGCGUAAAAAGGGAGGGUGCGAAAAAUGUGAAGUGUUUCCAAUAAAGUUUUUACCGUCCUCCCUCCCCCCUCCCCCUCUCCCUCUCCUAUUACGCCAGAACAUGCAGCAUGUGUUGCGUAUAUGUCAUUUUAAUUGAUAAAGACAUCAUGUUUGUCCAAGUUGUUUUGAAUGUUUUGUUGUAAUGAGAGUACAUUUAAUUACUGCUGAUUUUUUAGGUCCAAACGCCAUCUCUAUAAGCCUGUCUCCCCAGAAUCAAUUCAUAAUGGUUGGCUUAGCAGCCAGACGACUGCACUGGCAUCUUACGUCACGGCAGAUGAUAGCGCAAAUUUUCCGGCUAACAGGCAAAAACAAAAGUAACACCGAGGAGGUGAAGGUAUGUUACUGUCAACUGUAGUUCUUACAUAUUAGAAUAGGUUAAAUGUGUUAUGUCCCAAGGAUAUUGCUGUUUUAGGCUAGUUAUGUGCUAAAGGCAUUUCUUUGUGCCUUUAACCAUAAACAAAAUGCUCCUGUAAGCUCCUGUAGAGUUAUGAAGAAGAUGUGAAACAAAUGUGAUCAGAAACUUUAACCAUAAUAUAUUUUUUGGUGAUUUUUAAAGACGUAGCAUUAAAACUUGAAAUAGUUGGCCAACUUUUUCAAGUCUCAAUUCAUGCCCGUCCUUGCCAUCCUUAGAAAAAGACGACAUGAAGCAGUUUCAAUACCUAAAUAUAGCCUUGAGUGGACCAUUACUUUUGAAAUUUAACUGAUUCGAAGACACGUUUUAGCUUUUUAAAAAGAUAGCAAAUAGCGUGACGUCAAAGCCGCCCCUUAAGCCGAGUCUCAUUUUUGUUCGUUUUGUGUUGUGUAGUAGUGCAGUGGCCCACCAUAGGACAAGACUCUGUGUAAAACACAAUGUAUAAUUCUGUGCCAUCUGAGCGACUAUCUGCUGUCCUAUACAGGAUAGGCUUACUUAAAUGUCUUUUUGCCCAAGACAGAGAGGGGGGGGGGGGGGAGAUCAACCCCCGACCGGAACUCCUAUAUCCAAACUUGGGCUAGCCUGGUAUCCCUGCGGGCGGCAAUGUAAUUUGUGUCGUUCUUACUGCCGUCACAAUCUCAGUUGCUGAAAUGCCCUAAUGACGUGUGCCGGACUAAUUAUCCGCUGCACCAUUUUCUCUUCGGAAGGGUUCUUGGUUUUUUGGUACGGCACGCUUGAAUUUCUCAGCUUUUCCGUGACGCGGCAUUUACAUGCUGGCCGAGAGAUCUCUCCUGUUGGUUAAAAAAAGUGACUUAUUUGACUAGGGAUUUUACUAUCUGAACAGUCAUUGUUAUUAGAAAAAGUAUUACUUUAAUGGUCAUGAGUUCCUCGAGAGAUGAAUCCUAGCUUCCUGGCAAAUCUCAGUGACAUAAAUCUUGGCGAGGGUCUUUUUUACAUAUUGCACCUCCUUUCAUAUCCCAAAUUCUGGACUUUAUCUAUUGAACGGGUUUGGUUUUUAUUUUUAAUAGUGUGACAGUGAAAACUAGCAAUUAUAAUAUGUAAUGAAAUUCUAUCCUUAGCCCGUCGUGAGUGUCAUGCAUGAGAGCGAGUCUGAUCUACGAACUCACCUGAGUGUCAAUGCAGCAUUCUUCCAUCCCCUGGUGGGGAGUGGAUUGGUAUACGGUACCAACCGAGGCCAAGUACUUCUGCGCCAGUUCGGGUAA